AUGGGAGCAGAACUUCAGAAAUCGGGCCGGCCGGCGGAAAGAGAACAGACAUUCUGGCUGCAGUGGAUUCAGUACGCCUUCCCCGAUCUGGACUCUCACGCCUACUUCCUGCCUCCUGUCCACGUCAACCGCGUGCCGAUGACCAGAGAGGUGAUUGCUGGUCAGGAAGUUUUGGUCCUUCAGGCAUCAGCCGGACAGACCGAUCAGUCCAAACAGACGAUGAUGAAAUCACAAUGUGCUGUAAAGUCUUCCAUUCGUCAGCCUACUCGGGUCCAGGACAGCGAUGUGAGAGAUGACGACGCCAUGCAGCGGGUUUUGUUUUGUCUCAAGAAAAUGUCGGAACUAUACAGCGAAGUUUUUGUUGGACUCAUCCAACUUCAGUUCGGAAAGUACCUGGGGGAACCUUGUUAUGCUGCUGCAGCUGCCGCGACUACCCGCCUGCCCCUCCCGGCCAACCUUCCUCCUGCUCUGCCGCGAAACUGGAAAGAUGGCGACUUUGAUGUGCUUGUUAUUCACCGUUGUUACGGUUUAGUCGUCUGCGAGAUCAAAUCCGUUGGAAGCAACCUAAAACAACUGAAUUUGUCAAAACAAAAUGAAGACAGCAUCAUUAGAAAGAAACUGAAAGAAGCAAUCUCACAGUUGGACAAAGCGGAGGCCAUGUUGUCUCACCUGGUGUCGGACAUUGCUAACGGUCUGCGCAUCACUAAGACGAUCGCUGUUCCUAACCUCACGGUUAGUCAGGUACAACAGUCUAUUUCCGGCGAUCCACAACUGUCUCAGGACUUGUGUCGGUGUCUGGGAAUAACCGAUCCCGCCGCCAUCGCUGGUUUGUGCCUUUGCUCUGAUCAGUUGUUCGACCCCAAGACACCGUGGGACAUCAGUGAUGGCUUGGUGAGGGAACUCGAGAACUGGUGGCAGCGACGUGUGGCUGGGUUUGGCCCUGACAGUCACAUGACCCGUGGCUUGUACAGGAUACUGGUAGCUAGGUUCUGUGGUCCGGCGACAACAGUGACUGUACCAUCCACAUCUCCUGUACGUCUGAGUGUCAAAACCCUGGGUCAGGCUGUGUCCUGGACGGGAGAGUGCUACACUGCUCAAAUAACACUGUUCCCGGAGCAAGUUCAACUGCUCAACAUGGCGCCGUCCAGACUGUUUGUGGCUGGACCACCAGGUACAGGUAAAACCGUUGUGCUGCUGCUGAAGAGCACAGACUGGUUUCUGUGUGGCCACGCUGUCCAUAUCGUGAGUACCUGGCGGGGGAGUCGUGCAGCGAGCAUCAUGUUGUAUCACCUGCUGCAGACUGUAAGCACACAAGGGGCAGCAGGUGUGGCACCCGGUGAGAUUCACAUACAUCACUAUGAUUUUGACCAAGUUCUAGACUUGGAAGAGGCCGUGGACGACUUGUCAGAGAUGGCGAGCGGAGGGCCACUGUACGUCAUCGCUGAUGAAGCGGGUCCUGAAUACAGAAAGUUCCCGGCUUUCUGUGCCAAGCUGCUGACACGAGUUCCUCUUCUCCAUCUUUGGGCGGCAAGUUGUUACCAUGGAUUCGCGCCCGCCGGCUGGCAAGUGGAAUAUUUAACCAGACCUCUCCGCUCUCCGCCAGCUGUGAUCAGGGAAAUCGAGCAGGACUUGAAUAUCGCUAGCUUUGACGUCCACCCUUACAGUAAGCGUGGGGUACCCGACUACACAGACGGUCCGCCAGUCAGGCGACUGUCUCACAAUGGUCAGGGUCACUCAGGUGAUUGGCCAGGUGGAUGUGUCACGUGCGGUCGUGAGGUGGCCAGCCUGCUACACAAACUACAUGUUGGUGUUCCGGAGACUGCAUCCGCAGGCCCACCCGGUCUGCAGUGGAGAGACGUUCUGGUGUUGUAUUGGGGUGACAACAGUAACAACUCGGGUAUGGUGAAGGGUCUGAGAGACGCGGGUAUUCCAGUGCGGGUGAUGGAAGAGGAUGAAAUUGAGGACGUGGCCACUGCGCGCACCAACGUGGUGUGGGUGACGGAUGGAGACGGUGUUCGUGGUCUGGAGAGAAAAGUUGUCGUCUGCCUCAAGCCUCGUGUUAUCGAUGACCGACUGUACGCCAUCUCCCGGUGUACGUCACAGCUCAUAAUUGUCUCUCCUGAGGACGAGCAAGGUGCUUGUGAAUGAAACUCUCUCUCUCACCUGUUGUAGUGUCUGUCUCUCUUCCAUUCCAAUGCCUUACCACAUAAUGCCAUUUAAGUGAGGUAACAUUUCUUGUCUUGCAGCACCAGGUGACAGACAUCACACAACUUGUCAACAUUAUUCUCUGUACAAUCUAGUAACUUUGUUAUUUUCUGUAAGCAAUAGUAUUCUUUGUACACAAUGUUAUCAACAUACCAUUCUGUGUAAACAAACAACAUUUUGUUCUCUGUACUAAGCAAAGAAUGUUAUUCUCUGCUCAUACUAAUAUUAUUAACAUUUUCUUUGCCCCCGUGAUAUCGUUAAUAUAUUAUUCUUUGUAGAUUUAUCAACAUUUUCUGUACACAGCUAAAAUUUUAGACGCAUUCUUUGUGCACAGGCAAUCUUAUCAAAGCAUUACUUUUUAUAGACAACUAAAACUGUAUUUUCAACAUAUUCUCUGAAUAAUUAUAUCAAUGUGGUUCACUAGUACACCCCACAUUCAUUAGAAAUAGGCAGCAAUAUUGUACACUCUGUAUUAAAUGCUGUUCUGGUGUAUGAAUACUGUUUCAGAAAAUACGAAAUGAUUAAAAAAUGUUG